AUGGAGCUCCCAACGAUUGAGCAACUGAACCUGCAAGCAAGUCCAUCCAAGAUUGAGGAAUGGGUCGAACGGUGCGAGCUGUGGUGCAGCAUUCGCAAAGGUGGCACACAUAAUCAGUCAACCCUAUUUCUUACUGCUGGUGGCCGUGACCUCUACUCCCUGUUGAGAAACCUGGCGUUCCCUGAGGCUCCAACCAAACUACCAUACGAGUCCCUGAAAUCGCUGCUGCUCAACCACCUGCUGCCCACUGAAUUCCAAGCACAUGAAAGGGCCAAAUUCAACUCCAUGGUUCGUUCCAAUCAUAUUUCCUGCAGUGAAUUCAUCCUGCGGCUGAACAAACAAGCAUCACGUUGCAACUAUCGUGAUCACCUGGAAGAACAAAUGUGUGACCGCUUGGUGGCAGGCAGCCAUAAUCUGACACUUCAACGAAAGUUGCUGGAGAACAAAGAUUUGACUUUUGCCGAUGCUCGCAGCAUCCGUGAGCAACACGACGACCUGAUGAAAUCCACUUCCAGCGAAUCCGUCACAUUAUUCCAACGGCAGGAGACACGACUGAACCGACCUCAGUUCAGUUGCUCAGUCGUUGGGAGCUCCAUCACACAACACCAAUUUGUAAUGAUUGUAGUAGUAGUAGUAGUAAUACGCUUGAAAUUCGGAACACCAACCAUGCAAUAUGAAUUACAGGACCCGAAUCAAUAA